GCGGCCGGGGCUGCGGUGCAUGGCGGCGGGCAGGGCGCUGUGGUGAGCCGGGCGGCGGGGCACGGCCGGAGGGACACCGCGGGGAUGGCGGCGGCCGGCGGCUCGCCGAGCAUCGUGGAGUACUUCGGCGGGGAGGAUGGCUACCGCUGCGGCUACUGCAAGAACGAGACCGGCAACCUCUCCCACGGUAUGUGGGCUCAUUCGAUGACAGUUCAAGAUUACCAGGAUCUCAUAGACAGAGGAUGGCGAAGAAGUGGAAAAUAUGUCUACAAACCCAUCAUGAAUCAGACAUGUUGCCCUCAAUACACAAUAAGGUGCCAGGCCUUGAAUUUUCAGACCUCCAAAUCUCACAAGAAAGUUCUGAAGAAAAUGCUGAAAUUCCUUUCCAAAGGGGAUGUUUCGAAAGUAGUGAGUGAAGAAGAGCCUAUGGAUUCUCAUAUAGAGGAUGUGGGUGCCUGUGAUUUUGCCUACAAAGGUGAAUCGCAUGUCAGUCAGUCCGAACUGACUCCCCUGGGUGUGGAUCACGCUGAGAGGGUGGACAAUGAAGAUCAGGACACAGGAGAAAAGAAAGAAGAGGGGAAUGUGCAGAAGGUGGAUUCAGAUUCUCUUCAGCUGCAUGCAGAUAAAGAGACACCAGUCCCUGGAGAACCAUCACAUUCGGCUAAAGUUGUUCAUGCACCACCUAAGCCAGGGAAAGGGGCUGACCUGAGCAAGCCCCCGUGCCGAAAGGCAAAGGACAUACGUAAAGAAAGAAAACUGCAGAAACUCCUUCAGAACCAGACGUGUACGGUGGAAGGAUCUCAACUUCAAGCAGCAGAUCAAGUUUUCCUCUUGCAGAACUCUAAAUCUAAAACAAACCAGCCUAAAACUAUUGAAGACUUCGUUUUUGUCUCUUUACCUGAUGAUGCACAACACAAAUUAGAGGUGAGGUUAGUACCUGUCUCCUUUGAGGACCCUCAGUUCAAAUCAUCCUUCAACCAGUCAGCCACUUUAUUUGCCAAGUAUCAGAUGGCAGUACACAAGGAUACACCUUCUGAGUGUGGUGAGAACGAGUUCACACGAUUCCUCUGUGAUUCUCCUCUGGAGGCAGAGAAUGCACCAAAUGGACCAGAAUGUGGCUAUGGUUCUUUCCACCAGCAGUAUUGGCUGGAUGGGAAGAUAAUUGCUGUUGGUGUCGUUGAUAUCCUGCCCUACUGCGUGUCCUCUGUCUACCUGUACUAUGAUCCAGACUACUCUUUCUUAUCUUUGGGAGUCUACUCUGCAUUGCGAGAAAUCGCUUUUACAAGGCAACUCCAUGAGAAAGCUCCUGAUCUCUGCUUUUAUUAUAUGGGUUUCUACAUUCAUUCAUGCCCCAAAAUGAGAUACAAGGGUCAGUACAGGCCCUCUGACUUGUUGUGCCCAGAGACAUACAUCUGGACGCCUAUUGAGCAAUGUCUGCCGCUGCUUGAGCACUCCAAGUACUGUCGAUUCAACCAGGAUGGAAAAGCAGUUGAUGAAGGUCGGAUCAAGGAACUGGGCAGGGUGAGAGUACUCCACAAGAGAACCAUCAUGCCUUACAGUGUGUAUAAGAAAAGACGGAAGGGACCAAGUGAUGAAGCCAGUGUCCAGCAAUAUGCAAGUCUGGUUGGACAGACCUGUUCAGAAAGAAUGUUGCUGUUUAGAAGUUGAGAAAUGGUGAAUUUGAUGGCACCUCAUUUUAUUGCACUGCCACUGGGUGAUAUGUACUAUAGUUGUGUGUUGGUAUGCCUCCUCAAAUAGCAGUAUGAACUACAGGUAUAUAUCUAGGCUUGUGUGAAUACAUGGUACUGUGUUUUAAGGCCAAUUCCAAUAAAAUUUACAGUACAGCAAGGCUUUAGCAAUAUAAGGUUAGAAAAACAUGCUUGCAAUAUAUUUUAAUGAAGUAGCUCUAGCCUUUCUAUGCAUUUUGAAUAAUUCUGUGUCUAAGCAAAAUGAAAACCAGGUGUCUUUCUUUUCUUUUUUUUUAGAGACAAAGGUUGACUAAAUCUACAUUAACAAUAAUUAAAAUUACAGCUGGUUUCAAAUAGCACCUUGGAUAUCUGUCAUUAAAAAUUGCCAUGAAAUUUAUGCUCGCAUUCGUAUGCUCCUAGACUCUUGCAAAGAGAAUUGGAACGUGCUGUGACUUCCUAACGUGAAAUCUGGCAUGGUUUGGUCUUUAUUUCAAUAGUAUAUUUAAAAACAGGAAGAAAUGAUUUUCACUGCACAUUCUUCAUUUGUUUGAAGCAGUAGGUUAGUGUCUGAGGUCCUAGUGAAUGUAGGAGUUCACAGUGGAUUCUUAGUGGCAGGGGAUGCAGUGCUUUGGAAAACUUUUCCCUUUAGAGAUGAAACAGAAUAGUUGCACUAUAAAUAUACCAAAGAUAUGCAGCCAAGAGGCACAGUGGGUUUUUGGUAUAAGCCUUAUCCUUUGUCUAAAGAGAGUGGGUAUUGUAGUAUCAAAAUUUCCACUAAUGUGAAAUAGAGCAUGGGAGGUUUAUCCUGCAGCUCUUCAGUGCACAUUUCAGAACUGUGCUAAAGACACCAGACAAGAGGUACCACUGCUGGGGUUUGUUGCAAUUGUUUUCUGUAUUGGGUGGGAAGACUUUAAAUAUCAGAUUCCUGCAUUUUUUACUGUUUUGUUUAUGGUGCAGCAGCUCACAGGUUAACAUCUUGCAUGUUAACAUCUUAAUACCAUUGUAUUAAAUACUUCUGUUGGAAACACAGGAAGUUGUGAUGCUCUAUGAAAGCACUUUAUUAACUGAUACCUGAAUGUUGUCAUUAGUAGUCUGCGCGCCUAUCAAGUCAUACAAGUUAUAGGCAUUUGGGGAAAUAACACUUGUAUAAUUCAGUAAUGUAUAACAACAUUGUAACAAUCCCAAUGCAUUUGUGUUUCUUAUCUUCAUGGAUAACAGAAGCUAGUAUUUACCUUGAAUCAACUUGAAGUUUCCUGUUAACUCUAGAAAAAAAGAUCCCUGUUCAAGAAUACACAUGCAGAUGGUUUACACCAGAAAGGAACCAAAUUCCACUUUACCCUCUGAAGGUUACAUCUAUCAUUAUGGGUUUGAUUUAAUUUUAAACACAUGGCCAAUAUUAUUCAUCAUUGAUUUGUAUAUGGAACAGGCACUUCAAGUGCAUUGCAGAUUUAACUUUUUUUCCAUAUCUUUUUGAUCAUUCUGAUAGCAUUGAUAACAGAGUACAGCUUCAACAGUGAUUUCCAAAAGUCAUUUUGUUUUAUUAAUUGGGAUGUAGUGUAUUGAUCUACUCCCAGCCUGCAACAAAAUUGUUUCAUUCUGUCAGCAUUAUAGCUGGUAUGUGUUAAUCUUUUGCCUGGUACCAAGAAGUUUCUAUAUACUGUACCAUGUAGCUUGUCCAUGUCUUAUCUAAACCUGUUGCCACGGGGGAACCAUUAAAUACUACUAUGAACAUUAGUAUAAAGAGUUCAGUUCUGUGGAGAAGAUGCGCUUGCCAUUCAGUGAAAUGUCAACUAGUAUAAUGUUUUCUGUCUACACAAUAUGUUGAAAAGAGGUGAUGCCCAUAUAGUCUAAAACCAAAAUAAAUGAGAACACCUUUUUGUAUGAUAUAAAAUCAGUUCAUGGGCACAGACUUUCAAAAUCCUAAAGCUUAUCAGUUAUGAAGAUUACCAUUUCAUGAUGGCCUCACUGUGCUCCUGGAGAAGUUAAAGUUUCUGUUAAAUAGCAUGGGAGCAGACUUAAUGUCACCACUGAGAGUUCUUGAAGAGCUCCAUCUUCUUGUGCCCACUAUUUGCUACUGACAUGCCUUCUAGAUAUGUGUUAGACUGCUGUCUGAUGCUGUUUCUCUUGGGGAGCUUUUAAUGACUGCAGUUAACGAAAACUGACAUAAGAUUGAAAGGUGAUUACAGCAUAAGGCUGUUGUUAGUGUGACCACUAAAGGUAAAUGACCAUUUCCUGUGAAUUCUGAAAUGGUGCUUUCGCUUUCUGACCUCCACUGGAACUGCAGCACCACGUCAGGCUGGGCUUGGGACUCUUCCUGAACUCAAGUAUAUAUCUGUGUAUAUAUAUAUAUGUAAAAAUUCAUUUGAGUUCAUCUGAUGUAUUAAGGUGAGAUCUGACUCACUUCUUUAGUGUUAUUUCAGAAGGAAAUCAGAGCAGUACUUUUUCAGGACCGAUACCUCUGCUUUAGAAGUGGAAUAGAGUCCAAGGAUGAAGUUCUGUAAACUUUGCCACUGACUUCAGUGGAGCUAAAAAUUCACCACUAUUACAGACUUAUUUAAUAAGAUAUUGUCAUUGAGAAUUACUGAAUUUAGAGAUAUUUAAUUUAGUACAAAACUAUUUUAUAAGAGGGUUUUUUUGUGCACUUAGUUUGUGAGAGUUAAUCCCUAAAGUACGAUUGCCUUGUUCUAUCAUCUGUUGAUAAAUGAGCAUGAAACAGUGGUAAGAAAAUGCAGAGCUGUGACCAGGGCUAAAAAUACCUUUCUUUGUUUCGACUGGAAAUAAAUGGGGAGCUUUCUCAUUUCCAGCAUCAACACGUUUCAGUAAAUGCAAAAGAACCCGCAUGUUGAGUUUGUAAUUGCUUUUCGGCAGCCCUGUUUGACUUGCAAGUAUAGAAAAUAAAGUUAUUUCUAGUCUCUGUGAAUUAUUCUAAGUAAUA